AUGAAAUCAAGUGCAUUAAAAGAACAGAAAAACGAAAUAACAGAAACAAUUAUGGAAAGUGCAAUAGGCACACCCCUAACAAAUAUAAAAGGGUGUCUAGUAAACAUAUACAGAGAAAUUACCAAGAAAGAACAGAAGAAAAGCACAGAACAGAAACCAGAAGAAACCGACUCAGCAAAAGAGACAAAAAAAGAAACAAUACUUUCAUCCAGAAAGACAAGAGUCAUUGUCUCAAAUGGACUUCUUCUGCUUAAGUACAUGUGUACAUUGGUUCUCAUCAGAAUAUUCCUCUUCCAGAAUACUGCAUUCAUUGUUGAUAUAAUCUUCCCUGCAAUGACCGCUUUCAUGAAGGCCCCAUACGGCACAUUCUCUGAGGGCGCAUGUGCACGCGGUUUAAAUAUCGCAGUAUACGUUGGGUAUGUCGUGAAAAUGGCACAAACCCUGUUUUUGCACUACAAGGGAAUCCAAUUUGCAACAAGCUACAACUCAAUGGUUGAUUCUGAGCACACAAUAUUCACUGCUUUAACAGUCUUCUCAAUGAUGUUUAUACUAGGCCUUAGUAGUGCGUAUGGAUCAAACAAGUACAACAGUCUUUUCAUGAAUCUUGACAUGUCCGUGUUCUCAAUCCGUGCAUUUUUAGUUAUUUAUCUCCUUGCUUCUACUGUAGUAGCACUUGGGUCCUGCAUACUUGAACUAUGCAAUAUAUGGAGAUUACGCAGAAGUGCAGCAGGCAGUAAGAUGGCUACUAUAUUUAGACCAAUUUACGGAUUAUGCCUUUUAAUGAUUCUGAUUUACUCCUUUAUUACAAUUGGUUUAAUUGCUAAGUUUAGCAUUGCACAUGGAGCAUACACUGUUGUAAAAGCCAUACAGUCUGCUGUGACAGAAAGUCUUAAGAUCCGGGCUAAUACAAUUCUUAAUGCAAACAUUGCAUUAUUAGCAGUAUAA